UGUGCUGCUUUUUCGUUAACUUACCUUAAACUUAACUUACAUAAAAUAAAAUUUAUCACUAGGUGACAUUUAAUUUAGUAUUUUUAAAAAUGGUAAUUUAAUUUGAUAAACGUAAUAACCGUUGUGUUGUCAAGUUCACCUAUGAUUAUAGAUUGUUAUAGGUUACCGUUAAAUUAAAUUACUAAUAACAUGGAUCAAGAACCCGAAAGUCCUCAAAAAGUAUUAAAAAAUUCGCUGUUAGAUAAAAUUAACAACAAAACGUCGAUCACUUGUACUAAGGUACCAGAAUGUUUAUUUGAAGCUAAGGCUGCUGAAAAGCACUUUAGUAAAUUUGGUCGAGUACAAAGGAUUCGCUUACUACCAAAGAGGUUCAUGUGUAUUGUUGAAUAUGACCAGCAGAGUUCAGCAGAGCGAGCUGUUCUCAAUGCUGGGGCUUAUGAUGGUUUUAUGUUUGAUGUAACACGCAUGAAGCCUAGAGUUAGAAGAAAAAGUAGAAAGGAUGAUGAUCCGGAUUGGGUUCCAGAUCCAGAAGUAGAAGAAGAACUAACUGCUAUGAGUGGAGCCCCAUUAUUUUCCAGAAUUUCAAGAGAAAAAGCAAUGGAUGUUAGUGUACCAAUGAGUUCCUUAAAACCAAUUAAAUCACCAAUAAGGAAGAAAAUGAUUAUGACUACACCAAAACGAGUAAAAAAAGUUGUUAAACAACCUACUAUGAAUCUUGAACCUCCUAUCUUGGUGACAACAGCACCAACAUUGCUUAAUACUAAAGAGGCAGCUUUAGAACUCCACAAACUUCGCUCAAGGGUAUCUAUGACACCGGAUGAGAAAUGGAGGACAUUAGAUGCAAGGGACAGGAUUCUUAGAGCAUGGGGGGGUGCAGGUUCAAGGGUAAAAGUUGGUGGAGCUACUAUAGGAACAUGUCCUGAUAUGUGUCCAGAAAAAGAAUUACUACACAGACAAGCUGAACAUCAAGUGAUGACAUUAGAAACUAUAAUUGAUUCUGAUGGUUUAUUAGAACCAUGGCGAGCUGUGAAGCAAUACAGUCGUAGCUCAGCUGAUCAGGAGAUUCCAAUGUGCUAUGAGCUGAGACCAGCAACAGUACUCAUGAGAACUUGUGUUUACCUCCUGCAUGAAGUAGCUGAUACCUCUAGACAGGUAACUUUGGCAGACUGGUUUCAUUUUAUGUGGGAUCGUUUUCGUGGAAUUCGCAAAGAUAUUACUCAGCAGGCUCUAUGCUGUGCCGACUCGAUUCGUAUGGUAGAGAUAUGUGCACGUUUUCACGCUCACUGUGCUGCUCGCCUUGCUGACUUGGAACACACUCAAUUUGACCAAAAGUUAAACACGGACAAUCUUACUAAAUGUCUUCAGACACUUAAACACAUGUAUGCCGAUGUUAGUCCUGAACAAAAGCCCAAUGAAGCAGAAUUCCGUGGUUAUAUAGCUUUACUAAAUCUUGGCGAUUCUAACUUCUGGUGGGAGAUUAAACAGUUGCCACAAGAGAUUCAAAAGUCAGAAUCAAUUGUUUUUGCUAUACAAAUAUAUACAACUUUGGACAAUAAUAACUAUGUGAAAUUUUUCCGUCUUGUUAAACAAAAAGCAACAUAUCUACAAGCUUGUAUUCUUUUGAGAUAUUUUAAUGAUGUCAGAGCAAGGGCUUUAGCGAGAAUUAUCAAGGCAUAUGCGCCAAGAGGCGGAUCUCUAUACCCUGCUGCAGAUUUAAUUAAAAUUCUCGCUUUUGAAACAGUUGAAAGCAUGAAAUCAUUCAUAAGUCACUAUGGUUUACGAUUCGCAAAAAAUGAAGAAGAACUAACAAUAAUUCUCAAUAGAAAUCAAUUUAUUGAAGAUAGUGAUCCCUACCCCGUCUCGAGAGCAAUACAAGUUAUAGAAUCAAAGAGACAAAACACAGUUGGAGAAGUAAUUUCUGGAGGUCACCUACCAACAUACAAUUAUGCAAAGAAUAAUGUUCAUUCAAGUUUUAAUAGUGAUGGCAGAUUAAAGGAGACCGCUUUAACAGCAGAAGAUUUAGAGUAUAAUACUAUAAACGAUAGUAAUAAAGAUGUAAACACUUUAAAAUUCGAACUACAAAAGCUAUUGCAAGUUGGUAAAAAUAUUGGAAUUUCAGAAAGAAUAAUAGAACCUAAGAAAAGUGGUUUGUUUGCUAAAGCCGAAAUAAGUCCCAGAAAAAAUACAAAUUUGUUUUCUAGUGCAGAAUAUGAUACAAAUCCAAGUAAGGUAUUUUCAUUUCAAGCAGCUGUUCCAGUUGCAUCAACAGAAGCUAUUAAAAAUUCACCAGAAAAAGUGUUGGCAGAAAGCUCAAAAAAUAUAUUUGUAUUUUCUAAGCCCCAAAAAACAGAGACUGGUAGUAUCCUUACAGGUGAUUUAUUUCAAACAAGAAGUACAGCUUUAGCAACAGAAUCCUUUUCAGACAGACCAAACAUUUUUAAUAAGGCAGGUGAAAAUAAUACGAAUUUGUUAACUGCUUCAAACAAUUUAUUUACUACUAAACAAGUAGGGGAUGGUUUAAAAAAAUCUGUAAUUGGAAAGUCUAUAUUUAAUCAGCAAGUUGAUACUAAUAAUGAGACAAAUGUUGGGAGCAGCAAAAAUAUUUUUAUGAGUGCAAAUACGAAUUUAUUUUCUAAGCCCGAAAGCGUUUCUAGCAAUGUUUUCACAAAAAUCCAGAGUCAUAGCUUAUUUCAAAAGCCUGCGGAUAGUAUUAGCAAAAGCAUUUUUGCUCCACCUAUGCAGAAUCAGUCAUCAAUAACAAAUCCUUUUACUUCUAAAUCUCUGUUUGAACCAAAUUCUAAAACAGAAAAUAGCACACAAAGACUUAUCCGUCCCUUUCCUCAAAACGGCGAUACAUCGGUGGCAAUAUCACCAGGAAGUUUAUUUAAAAAUGCAAAUCAACCAUUAUCCGAAACUCCGUAUACUAUAUUUCAAAGCAAAAAUAAAGCCCCAACAGUCGCUGAAAAUAUUUUUCAUUCUGUUCUUUCCAAAAAUAAUGUUUAUGAAUUUGAUGGUAAUCAAGGCGAACCAACAGCCGAGUUGCCUAGUGUUGAGCAAGUCAACGAAGAAGAGCAAAAAAGACUACAGGAAAUAAAUAGGAUGGAGCAAGAAAAACUUGAAUUCCAAAGAAAAGAAGAAGCUAAACGCAAAGAAGAAGAAGCUAAACGCAAAGAAGAAAUACGAAAGAAAAUGGAGGAGUUGAGAAAAAUUGAAGAGCUAAGAAAAAUGGAAAUUGAAGAUAAACGUAAGAGAGAAGAAGCAAAGAAACAAGAGGAAUUAAAGAUAAAACUAGAGGAAGAAAAGAAAAUGCAAUUAAAACUUAUUGCUGAGGAGCAAGAAAGGUUAUUUAAGGAGAGAGUCGAAAAUGAAUCUGUUGAACUAUUAGAUGAAUUAAUUAAUGAGAUUGGAGAUGAAGAAGCAGGAGUUAUUGUGAAAGAAGAGAAUGAACGUUUGGAAAAUUUAAUUUCUUUUGCUAAUGAAAUCACUGAAGGCAUAUGUUCAGAUUUAUUUAAUGAAAUUUGUGCUUCUGAACUUAAAGCUGAAAUUUUCAGGACUAGAAAGGUUAUGAAAAAAUGGUUUUUAAUAUGGAGACUACAAUUUGUUAGAAAUGAUAAAAGACGAAGUCUUUUGGAAGGAACUCCAGUUUGGUUACCAGAUAAAACACCUCAAGAAGAAGCAAGAUACUUAAGAAGAUUGAGUGAAAAAGCAGCGUUAAAAAAUAUGAAUGCUAUUCAUAGAGGUUAUAAAUUUACGGGAGAGUUGAAACAGAUACCGACACCAAAGCCGUACAAUGUCUUAGAUAUUAUUAGAUCACCUCUCUUGAAGCGCAUGAAACAAAUUGAGUAUCCUUAUGAUAAAUGUUUCUUCUGGAAAGUGGCUUUAGUAUCACCUGGUGAUGCGAAACAUCUUUAUAGAAAAAUAAAUGUCGAAAAAUGGUUAAAUGAUGUUUUUAGCGAUCGACACAUACAUGAUACAAGUGAGAGUUUGAUUUAUGUCAACAAACAGUCGUGGAAUAAUUUGAUGGAAUUUGCUAUUUCAAUUAGUUUGAUCAAUAAGGAUAAAUUAAGUGUUGCUAAUGAGGCUUUAAAUGGUGCCAAUGGUGUAAUAUUUUACAAUACCGAAUGCGAAAAUAACUGCAUAGAUAUCAUAGAGCAAACAUUGAAAUAUAAAUAUCCGUAUCAAGUAAUACCUAUUGUUCUGAUUACUUCACAAUUUAAUGAUCCUGCUGUACUAAAUCACCUUAAUGAUAAAUUAAACAUUUUAAAAAAUAAUGAUACUAUUUUGGGCUAUAAAGUGUUUAUUAUUGAGCCUAAAAAUGUUAUUGAUUCUAUUAAUUCUUGUACUAAGAAUGCGUUAAAGUGGCUGGCAAAGAAUUUUCCAAAGACGCCACCCCUUGAAAUAGAUUAUCUUAAAUCGAUUUGCCAAAGAUACUUGGGUUUUGAAAUAUGGCAUAAAUUAAAAUCUGAAAAGGACCAGCAAACAGAUUAUGUUCUUAAAGAUUUGCAAAAAUUAGUUACUUGCUAUAACUGUGCUGUUGAUAAAUUGACUCAAGUAAUAACAAAUGAAGACAACUUUAACUAUAUGGCUUUUCCAUUAGAAUUCAAAAAAUAUUUAGAUGAUACAUCACCAUAUCCCAAACCAUAUGAGUUUAUUACUAGCAGUGUUAAACAGUCUGAUAAUGUAAGUGCCAUAAAAUAUAUGAUGCAGAAGUUGAAACUUCCGAGUCCUGUGUCGGCCUUCCUACCCAAUAGUAUAACUAAUAUGCAAGAACAGAUUAGAAAAUAUUGUAACCAAAUAAGUUGGUUUCAAGACCCCGAAGAAGUUGUUUGCAAAGUUGUAGCUAUCUUACCGAAUGAAUUUUCUGAUAUAAAUAUGCAAUGUGAUGAAUUCAAUGAAUAUUUUAAGAAUUAUGAUCUAAUAGAUUUAUUAAAUGUCAUUGUCUAUGAAAAAAUAAAUAGUUUAAAUAAUUUUGAAAAUAAAUUUGCUGUGUAUAUAAAAGCUGAUUUAGAGGAAUAUCGUAAUGUUCAUUGGUUAUAUGAAGUAGAUGUUUAUUCUAAAAGUAAACAUCGGGCAUUGGAAUAUGAAGAUGACAUUGAUUAUAUUAUAGAAGCAAAACGGCGAAAGAUUAAUAAUAAUUCAUUUGAGAAUUUAAUCCUAGAAGAUAAGGAUUGUACUAUGGUUGAAGAAAAUAUUCAAUUAGUAAAUCAAAAUAUAUCUACAUAUAACACCUAUAAAGAUGUUGUGUCAGAUCUGGAACAGAAGUUAAAUGAAGAGAAGAAAAAAUCGGAAGAAUUAGACACCUUAUUAAGAAAUGCUCUAUUAAAUGUUUAAAAAAAAUCUUCUUUAUAAAUAUUUAUUUAAAUCAAAUCAUUAUUGAAAUAAAAUGAUUUGCAUAAA